AUGAAGCGCCAAGCAGAAAAGCAAAUUCGUAGAGAGGAUGGCGACGAUGCAUCCGACGAAGAGUCGCCGUCACAGCACUCGAUGCCUGCCACUCCAGCCACAGGCAGAGUCAUCCGCGGUUUGCCCAAGCGUCGAGGCACACCGGGUACACCCGGUUCAGCAGCAGCAGCCGCCGCCACAUCAGCCGCUCCAAUCACCUUCGGCGCUGCAGCAUCGUCCUCGCCGGCAUCAUCUUUCGGUGCACCAGCGGGCUCCAACCCUUUCGCCAGUUUAGGUGGCACCGUUGGUUUGGGUAGCUCCAAUUCCGCCGCAACGCCGGCCGCCACCACAACGAAUCCAACGUUCAGCUUUGGUACCUCUGCUGCCGCACCCACAUCCAGCUCUGCUUCUCAACCACCGACGAAAGCAAAUCCAUUUGGCAGCUUCACUGGCUUAACUGCUGCCAAGCCCGCUGCUGCUGCAGAGAACGCUCCUUCGUCAGCUCCGCCCCCUUCGUUCUCGUUUGGAGCAUCCGCCACAGCUGCAUCACCAUCUAGCUCGAAUGGCUCCAUGCCUCCAUCUCAGACGUCGAGCAUGGCUUCGGGUAUCCUUGGAGGCGUGUCCUCUGCCCCUGCUGCAGCAUCUCCUUCGUCGACUUCAGCUGCCAAUGGCCAAAGCACGUCGUCGAGAGAAAAGGACCAGCUUCGUUCGCUUCGCGGUCUCAACAUUUCCUUCCAGUCCACGCUAACGCAGAAGGUCAAAGAGCAGCUCGAUGCGGAUCCAUUUGCCGACCUCACAGCUCUGAUCGAGUCGUUCCGAGAGCAGUAUCGCAAGCAUCGCAACAGUAUUGAGAGCAACAGCUCGUCUGCUGCUACUGCUGCUGCUGCUGCGACCACAAGCACUACAAGCACGAUCAGCAGCAACGCGACUUCAUUCGAGCCAGCUACCAAUGCCAUAUCUACGACGUCUUUCAGCGCUCCACCUUCCGCUGCUGCUGCUGCUGCUGCCGCCUCCACAUCCACCUCGUCGGCUCUCCCGAGCUUCAGCUUCGGCAAACCCGCAUCGAAAGCUGCUUUCGUGUCUUCGAGCACAGAGGCUCCCAGCGCACCUUCCUUUUCCUUCGCAUCCAGCACGAGCGCUGCCAAACCAGCCAGCUCUGCUUUCUCCUUCUCGCCUCUUCCCACUUCGAGCUCGGCACCAUCCAGUACAACGCCCGCUUCCUCGUCUUUCUCCUCCGGGUCGUUUAACUUUAAUAACAAGUCGAUUGCUGCAGAUGCAAAGGCUCAUGAGGACAAUGACAAAGAUCAAGCAGGACACGAACACGACGAUGAGCAACAAGACGCUCAGCAUGACGACGGACAAAAUGAGGACGACGAAGAAGAUGACGACGACAACGAUGACGACGACGACGACGAUGAGGAUGACGAGGAGGAGGAUGACGAAAUCGAGCAAGAGGAUGAAGAAGACAACGAUAAUGAUGACGACGACAUAGUGGUGACCGGCUCAAAGUCAGUUUCUGAUUCGACGUCUAGUGUCAAGCCACCUUCGUUCUCGCUUCCAGCAGGCGGUUUCUCCUUCGGUGGAAAGCGUGUGGACAGCAGUGUUUCAGAAGAAGACGAUAAGAAAGCAGAGGCAACGCGCAACAUGAAAGGAGCUCCUCAGCUCAAGCUUCCCAGCACUGGUUUCACAUUCGGCGGCAAGCCUGUCAACAGUGGCAACCAACCUGCGGCCCAACCUGCGACACCUUCCACACCGUCGUUCGGCAACAGUGCUUCAGCUUCCACGUCUUCCACGUCUUCCACGCCCAAGGCUGCUUUCACAGCGCCAACUUUCUCGUUCGGCAGUGGCAUCUCUACCACAUCCACAGACAGUAGCCAACCCGCUUUUGGCGGCUUUGGCUUGUCCGCAACCAAGGCCACGUCUUCCACACCAUCAUUCUCGUUCGGCAGCUCGGCGAUCAACAAACCCUCCCCGUCCGGCGCUUCUCCCACGUUUUCCUUCGGCGCAUCUUCCACUCCUGCCAGUGGCGCUUCGAACUUUGCCAAUCUGUCGGCCAGCACAGCUGCCAACCCAGGCGCGUUCACCUUUGGCUCCGGAACCAUCAAGUUCGGCGAUGCGCAUAGCACCGAGAAGAAGGACGAACAAAAUUGA